GGGUGGCGUUUACGGAGCUUCAGCGAGCGGAGAGAAUGGUAGACUCUGAAUUACGCGAACAGCCUCGUCAAGGAGCUUCAAGACCGCGGUCACACAUAUUGGAAUCCUUAUGACUAUCCGGACUCUCUAUUAUUAGAAGUCGAGAGCGGUCUUAUGAUUCGUGAGGUGCAGGAAGACAUCACUCGCGAGGUGACAAGGAUGUCAGAAAAUGCUGUUUUGCAGUUAGAUACGGGGGAGGGCAAAUCAGCCAUCAUUGUGCCCCAUACAGCCAUCACCCUCGCGGAUGGAACUCGGCUGGUCCGCGUUAUGGUCCCGAAACCCCAAGCGAAACAAAUGUUUCAAAUGCUCGUCUCGAAGUUAGGAGGAUUGCUCGCACGUGCUGGAAGUCUAUGGAGCAGGGUGGUAUCCUUCUCGUGCAGCCGGAGCAAAUUUUGUCGGCGAAGCUUAUGGAAUCGGAGUGUCUUGCGACUAGUAGGACUGCUGUUGGGCGGCCGCUUCUAAAGCCCAAGCAUCUUUUGACCAAUAUUCGCGUCAUAUUGUUGACAAAAAUGAUGAGAGCUUUGGCACUAA